UGCACCCGCCACCGCUCGCCGGCGCCGGAGACGACGCCCACCCACCCACCGUCAUCACCAUCACCUCCUCUGCUCUCGAAACUCCCCGGCCCCCGGUGGUGGAGGGGUGAAUUGUUGUAUUGUUGAGUUCCCCGGUGGCUCGGUGAUUCGUUGGUGAGGUGGUGGGGGAUCGCAUCGAUCGGGCGGGCGGUGUGGCAGGGAUGUUCGUCAAGGACUGGGACUGAGGCUGCGAUCGGCGCCGGGGCUAAAUGUACCGCAAGAACGAGUCGGCCCUCUCCUGCUUCUACCUCUUCCUCCUCUGGUUCUUCUUCUUGAAGUAGACGUCACGCCCCGGGGCAUCACGCGAGCGCGAGCGGCGGCGGCCGUCGUUCGGAUUGAGGCUCUAGCUUGUUGUUGUUCGAGCUGAGCUGCUGCUGCUGCUGCUGCUGUGGAGAUUUUUUUUGGUUUGGUUCUUGGUUGGGCGGUCGAUCGAUCGUGAGGUGUUCGAUUGAUUGCUUGGCCUGCUUUUGGUGCGUGAUGGACCUGGAUCUGAACGUGGCGGACGGGGUGCCGGAGAAGCAGGAGACGGCGGAGCGGAGCGAUUCCGGCACGUCGGAGUCGUCGGUGCUCAACGCGGAGGCGUCCGGCGGCGGGGGCGCCGCGGCCACGCCCGCGGAGGAGGGGUCCAGCUCGACGCCGCCGCCGCCGCCCCCGGCGGUGCUCGAGUUCAGCAUCCUGAGGGGCUCCGCUUCGGCCGAGGGCGAGAACGACGUGGCCGGCGGCGGCGACGACGACGACGACGUGGAGGAGGCCACCCCCUCGCCCCCGCCGCACCAGCAGCUCGUCACCCGGGAGCUCUUCCCGGCCGCCGCGGCCUCGCCGCGGCCGGCGCCGCAGCAUUGGGCGGAGCUCGGGUUCCUCCGCCCGGAGCCGCCGCGCCCGCAGCCGGACAUCCGAGUCCUCGCCCACGCGCCUCCUCCGGCGCCGCCGCCUCCUCAGCCGCAGGCGGCCAAGAAGAGCCGGCGCGGGCCGCGCUCCCGCAGCUCGCAGUACCGCGGCGUCACCUUCUACCGCCGCACCGGCCGCUGGGAGUCCCACAUCUGGGACUGCGGCAAGCAAGUCUACCUAGGUGGAUUCGACACCGCUCACGCAGCUGCAAGGGCGUACGACAGAGCGGCGAUCAAGUUCAGGGGGGUGGAGGCGGACAUCAACUUCAACCUGAGCGACUACGAGGAGGACAUGAAGCAGAUGAAGAGCCUGUCCAAGGAGGAGUUCGUCCACGUGCUCCGGCGGCAGAGCACCGGCUUCUCCCGCGGCAGCUCCAAGUACAGGGGCGUCACCCUCCACAAGUGCGGCCGCUGGGAGGCGCGCAUGGGACAGUUCCUCGGCAAGAAGUACAUAUAUCUUGGGCUAUUCGACAGCGAAGUAGAGGCUGCAAGGGCUUACGAUAAGGCUGCGAUCAAAUGCAAUGGCAGAGAGGCUGUCACCAACUUCGAGCCCAGCACAUAUGAUGGGGAGAUGCCUACUGAUGCUGCUGUUCAAGAAGCCGAUGUGAAUCUAAACCUGAGCAUAUCUCAGCCAGCUUCACAGCAGAGCCCCAAGCGGGAUAGCAGCUCCCUCGGCCUUCAAAUCCACCAUGGAUCAUUUGAAGGUUCUGAAUUUAAGAGAGCAAAGAAUGAUGCUCCCUCUGAACUUGCUAGCCGCCCUCAUCAGUUCCCUCUUCUGACCGAGCAUCCGCCAAUCUGGACUGCACAACCUCAUCCCCUGUUCCCGAAUAAUGAGGAUGCAUCCAGAUCAUCAGAUGAGAAGAGGAAGCAAGAGGGGCCUGGUGUUCCCAGCUGGGCAUGGAAGCAGGUGAGCCAGCAUCAUCAUCAUCAUCCUGCUGCUGCUCCUCCUCCAAAGCUGCCAUUGCCGUUCUUCUCGUCGUCGUCGUCGUCGCCGUCGUCCGCUGCAGCAUCAUCAGGAUUCUCCAAAGCCACCACGACAGGAGCUGCCCACACUGCCUCCCUCCGGUUCGACCCGACGGCGCCGUCGUCUUCGUCGUCAAGCCGCCAUCACCACCACCACCAUCGUCAAUGAUAAACAAGGAAGAAAAGAAGCCAUCGCCACUGUAAAUUUGCCGGGAAGCUGGCAUUUUUUUUUCCUUGGCCCUCGCCGGCGUUCCAACGUUUUCGUCUUUUGCGCCGGCGGGCCGGCCGGGUGGUUUCUUGUAGUGAUUAAUUAAUUGGGGAUUCAUGACUGUAUUUGCAUCCAAUGCAUCAUAAAACGCCCAAAAUGUUCCAAAUA